CGAGAAAUGGAGAAAAAUUUAGGCUUGCCAGGCGGAAUGAGUGCAAACCUAUUUUACUUUUUUACAUACGAAAAAAGCGUUUGAACGAUGUGCAUUAGCGUUAGUUCGUCGGGGAUGAUCUCAGUAUUAGGACCACGACGACGGGCGUUAAUUUCUGCACAGAUAAAUUUGUUUUCUUUCCCUCAACCGAUUUUGUUUGAUUAAAAUUUAUACAUAAUCACGAUUAUCACGUUGUUCCUUUGUUAUGUUGAUAUAGAACUAGAUAUAGCUGCCAGUUUGUCUAACCGAAGUAAAUUAGUAACUGACUAACUGUCGAAUUUGCAUGUAAAGAAUAUUCAUAUGUAUAUGUCUGUAUGAGAUAAUCGCCUCACUCGAUGUCGUUGUGAUGAGGAAGUUCGAUUAUACAUUACUGUUAUACAUAAAGUUGGCCCUGACGAAAUAUCGUUAAUAAGCGUAUUUUCUUCGAGCGAGCCGAUGGAUUAUAUUCACAUUGGCUAUAUAUGUGAUUAUAUUUGUAAAUAUCAUAUAGUUGCAGCCUGUCGCCUGUAGUUAGCUUCGCGGUUGAUAUCAUCCAGUAUUUAAUCAUGACACGUCCAUCAUAUACAAUCCGGCAAAGUUAUACCGAAAUUCGGACACCCAUUACUCGCAAUCGUUAUUUUUUUAUUUUUCGGAAACAACAAAACCUGUCUCGAUAAAAAUCAGAAAAAAAUAGAUCAAAAUUAUUCGAAAAAGAAAAAAAAAUGAACAAAAUUGUGUAUACCACGUCUAGAAAAACACUAUCUUUUCUUCCAAAUUAACGCAAAGACCUAAAGAAAAAAUCAAGCAUUUUCUCUGACGAAUUGAAAGCAUGACAGCUUAACACGCUCUAAAGAAAGAUUCAUCGACUUGCUGGAAGCAAAUACGAAAGCUUUGCUGGUCGUUGAAGCGGUUUCGGUGAAAAACACAAAAAAAAAAAAACAACAACAAACAAUUGCACGUUAUUUAAGCUUUUUGCUGCUCUCUUUUUCUCGCGCGUUUUUUGAUCGAAUCGAAAGUGAAACGUCUUUGCAAGAGAUUUUUUCGUGACACUAACCGAUUUUCCCACCAUAUCCUCUGAUAUCUAUACUGAUAAUCCGCUCGUUCCGUCGUUAAUACGAGAGAGAGAGAGAGAGAGAGAGUUGUAUUAACGACGGAAGCAGCUCUUUACUCACUUUGCCUAUCUAUCUCUUUCUCUCUCACUGACUCUGCCUCUGUUUGACUCGUUAACUGUCAUAAUGGUCAUCUGCUGUGUCUGACUUUCGUAUAUUUGCUUACUGCAGGCGACGGCUGUUUCUACAUCGGGAUGGGUGCUAAAAGCGCGAAACCCACGAUUCCCUCGUAUGAGCCGUACCAGUGCUGUCCGUCGAAGGUGACGCGCAGCACGAAGGUGGCCAAGGUCAGUCCCGUGGCCGGCAAACCCAAGCUGCAGCACAAGACCAGCAGCAGCAGCAGCAGCAGCAGCAGCAGCAGUACCAGCAAGAGGCCGAAAAUCACGCCGACCAUCAGCACACCGCCGCCGUCCCUCAAGCCCAUAAACAAGCUCUCGGCCAAGGACAGCCGUAAGACCCUGCAGUCGGCGUCGGUAAGAACGUCGACGGCGACGACGUCGGAGAAAGCGAAAAAAGAGCAGGCCAAGGCCAAGAAGUCGAAGGGAUUUUUCGGAAGCGUGGUUGCCGGCCUACCCAACUUCAUGAAGAUAUAAGAGCCGAAGCUAGAGCGAGCGCAGUCUUAAAUCCGCAAUGACUACCCUGCGAUGCACAAUGCUGCGAUGCUCGAGACGACCUCUAUCUCUCUCUCUCUCUCUCUCUCUUGUGUCUGUGUGCGUGUGUAUGUAUCUCUACACCUACACCUAUAUAUAGGUCAUGGAUACAUAUGCGCACGUCGUCGUUCUACGGAAAAAACUGACUGAGACAACACGAUUAGCUCAUCUCCCUGAGACAUCAAUCGAUCACCCCACCCUUCAAAUACAUUUUCUCGACUGCGUUCGGCGCAUACCAUCAAGCAACAAUUCACUCGUACGCUGUAGAGCCAACUUUUAUUUAUACACAUAACUUUUACCGCAAGAGUGAGAUUGUCAUUUUAUUUUGUAUACAACGUUUUUACUCGUAAUUGCCAACACACACGUGUAUAUAUUAUUGUACGUUCGAUCGAUUUAUUUUCAACUCACGUGUUGUAGCCACUGUUAUCUUUUUUCUUUUCUACAACGUUCAUAUAUCUCGUCACGAUGCAUUUUUUAUUAUUUUUUUUUCUUUCUUUCUCCUCACACGCGCGACUGCCAUGAUUAAUAAUCUUUAUAAUAUCUUGUAACAAUCGACUAGUUUUCAUUACUGCACAUCACAUUCGCGCUGCGAUUUCUUUCGCAGGAAAUUGAUAACUGAAACACUAAUUCUCGUUUUUUUUUUCAUUAAAAAAAAAAAAAACAAAAACAACUAUUGCUUUCUUUUUGCGUUGAACUUACUUAAUGUCUUUCAAAAAUUACACUCGAUUAACGCUUUUUAAAAAAAAAUCAACAAAACCAAAAGUUACGAACAGGAAGAAAUCGAUCGAUUCAUUACUCGUUGUCACUUAUAUAUUUGUCAAAUAAUAUGACAUAUUGUUCACCGAUCGAGAGACUCGGCGAUACACACGAUGUUUAUAUACUUCAAUUGCUGUUAUAAAUAUAUUUAUAUUUUAUUGUUGUUGAACCAAAACGAUGGGAAAAAACUGUUAUUAUAUGUUAACUAAUUGCUACGAAUAUAUAUACAUAUGAACACAGUGAGCGGAUGAAUGGAGACGAUUUUGCAAACUGCGUUGCCUUUAAUUGCCGGGAAUCGAACCGACUCUAUACGUAAUAACUUUGUACACUUGUCAUUGUUGUAUAAUACUAUUGUUAUUAUAUGAAUUGUACGAAUAUAAUCUAUAAGCAUUUUAACCGACGACGACCAUUAUUAUUGUGUGUGUUUCGUCAUAUAAGAGUGAGAAUAUAAAAAAAAAAAACAAACGAUUAUACGCGCAUGAUGUGAAACACACAAAAGUA